AUGAUGAUCGACGGCGAGGUUAUGGCGGAUAAGGGCUUCUUCAUCAAGCUGGUGAACGAUGAGAAAGGCAAAGGGCUAUUCUCUAAUCGCGCGUUUAAGGAAGGAGACGUGAUACUCGAGGAGAAACCUGUGAUAUGCUGUCAGUUCUUAUGGAACUCUCAGUUUGGAUACUUGGCAUGCGACCACUGCCUGAAACCGUUGGAAACAGCGGAGGAGAAUGUCCAUAGGCUAACUGGUAAUUCAAACUUUGUUGUACCACACAAGGAAUGCUGUGAAGUAAACAAGAGUUUAAUAACCGAAUGCCACCAGUGCGGAGUCAAGUACUGCAGCGUAGAAUGUCAGAACGAAGCAUUUCAGAGAUAUCAUAGUACACUGUGUCUACAAGGGAGAGUCAAGGAUGAGAGUCAUCCUCUCAAUCAGUUAUGUGAAACGUGGAAACAAAUGCAUUAUCCACCUGAAAGUGCAUCAAUCAUGUUGCUAGCAAGGAUGGUCGCUAUAGUUAAUCAAGCAAAUGACAAAGAGGAAGCUUCAGCAAUGUUUUUACAGUUUUGCCAUCGUACCGUUUCUAAUGACACGCACGAAAUUGUGCACUAUUUAUUAGGCGAAAAGUUUGUAGGCCAGAUUGAUAUCCUUCAGCAAAUGAUGAAGGAGGCUCUUAACACUGAGUACACCGCACAUUGGUUCACGCCAGAUGGUUUUAGAAGUUUAUUAGCUUUAGUAGGAACAAACGGACAAGGAAUUGGUACUAGUUCAUUCAGCCGCUGGGUGAAAAAUGUUUCCGCUUUAGAAUUGCCCAAAGACGAAAGAAUUUACAUUGACAAGUUGAUAGAGAGAAUUUAUGACGCAAUGGAUGAAGCGGUAGGUCCGUUUUUGAAUAAUGAAGGAUCUGGACUCUACGUUCUACAAUCGUCAGUGAACCAUAGUUGCAUACCAAAUGCAGUUGUUGAAUUCCCUUAUUCAAAUAAUACUUUAGUAUUAAAAGCAAUACGAAAUAUAAAAGUUGGCGAGGAAAUCUGUACAAGUUACCUUGACGAAUGCCAGCUAGAGAGGAGUAAACAUUCCAGGCAACAGGCACUAAGCUCUUUGUAUCUGUUUGUUUGUCAUUGCGACAAAUGUCAAGCGCAAGCGAAUGAUCCUGAUGUAACGUCCGACGAAGAGGAAUCUGAUGAAGACUGAUAAGUGCUAGUUAAAGAUGCACAGGAACAAUGCUAUAAUUUUCAUAAUAAACAAGAAUAUUGA